AGAACAUUCCAUAACCGAAAUCGCUGACGCUGGGUUCUCAGCCACCCACCAUUAGCGGGUAGCGACCCCGCAGCCUCUCGGUCAAAAGUUGGAGAUUCCAUGAUCCGUUUCUGCUGCCCUUUACGGCCACAGUUGAGUGGCAGCAUCAAGGGAGGAUCACCUCAGCACACCCAUUGUAACCGCACACUAGUAUGGGAUGAGACCUCCGCCAAGAAUCUGAAUAGCAUCUGCUAGCGCCACGGGCUGAGCUGAUCUGGCGAGUCACGCCACGGACAGUCAGAGCUUCCUUGUUUAGGGAUCAUGAUAACGUCGAGAGCUGUGCGGUCUUAGCGACUGCUCGCUGGCCUGGUCCGCUGAAAGUCACUUCUCACCGUGUACAACUGCCGUUCAGCCGCUCGUGUGUCGGGUAGUGGAGAUAUCGCAGUGUCCGACUUCCCAACACUCUCCAUUCUCCGUCAUCCUGUGACGGACGCCUCCCCGUCUCUUCGCGCGAAUCACCUUCAGUGCGUCCGUGAGUGUGGGUAGCAGCAUCACCAGCAGAAUCUGGAGCCACUGCGGUGGUCUUGUGCAAGAGUCUCUCCACUGAACACGGACUAGUGGUCACCUGACGCCCACCGCCGGGAACAUUGGUGGGUGCACGUGUAAGAAAGACAAUAACAAUGUAUCUACACGCCUUCAGGCGACCGUAUCUCCGGGCUAUUUUCCCCUCGUCCGAACUUGGGCUGAGCGUUCCGCGUCCGGAUACAUCUCUCCUCCUCACCAGCUCUCCUACUGACGCUAUUGCUGUUGGCACGGGGAGGCGACGAAACCUGCUGCUUGGAGCUCUGAUUAGAGGUGCUGGUGCUGGUGCUCGCGAUUUAGCCCUUCAAUAGCAACAUCAUCCGUCACUGGGGCUAUUUAGGCGUACAAGUAUAAACUGAAACUGUGCUUUUGUGCAAGAGGUCGACGGUAGCCAACUUGCCCGCUAAAAGGGCAGUGCCCUAGCUUGCACUUGUUGUUGCUGUGACUGUCAGAAACUCUGCGUACCAAUGAACAGAUCAUGCUAGCUAUGCUGCCCGUAGCGCCAAUCAAGGAAGAGCUUUGCUACCCGGUCUGCACUGCCCAGAGAAUGAUGCCGUCCACACCUAGCAACACAAUGGCCGGUGGUGUUGGCGCAGGCACAGGCAGCAGCGGUGUAUCCAGCUACUCGCUCGGAGCAAAGCACUCGCCGGACCGACACGCCACAUCGUCCGCCACCAGCUUCGACUCGUCAACACUCGCAUCGGCCUGGUACCCCAACCAAGCUACUGCAGCCUACCAAACUGGACAGGUUCAAAAUGCAAAGACAGCCCGACCCUUAGAAGAGUCAACGAGGCCACAUGCACACAGACGCAUUGAGCCGGGUGAGCAGUUUGUUGCGGGUAACGGAGGUCCGUGGGAUCCCCACCAGGAUUGGAGAACCAAAGACCGAUUCCCUAUUGCUGGCAAUGUACCAAGUCUCGUGCCCACGGCCACAUCCAAACAGAUCGGCGCCACCAGUCCCAGUGUUCAAACCUGUCUUGCGCAAGCACCUCUCUCUCCAAUGACGCCUGUCACAUACGGAGAAGCAUCGAGAAUGCCGUCAACGUCGCAAGCCCAUCAGCCUCCAACGUCAUGCAUAGCGUCACCAAUCUCGACAGGCCAGUACCCUCAUGCCGGGGAGGACGGUCUUCCCUCGUUUCCGUUUGGCCAACAACACGUGGCUCCACCGCUCACAGCAGCUAUUACCAGACAGCAUAGUGCUCCAGAGAACUAUCCACAUGACCAGCAUCACCAUCAGCAGCACCACCACCACCACCAUCCACAGCACCAUCAUCAUCCUCAGCAGCAGCAGCAGCAGCAACACUCUGCAACACCGUACGCACACAAUUCCGCAAUGCCAGCAGCACUCGCAUCACAGCCGGCAACGGUACACUCUGGAGCAGGCUGGGAGCCAGUAGUCGGUCAGAGUGCACCCGCUUCAGGGCCCACACUAGGUGCGGUCGGAAGUAGUGCGGGUGUCAGCGCUCACUAUCCUAAUCAACAGGCCUACACACAGCCCUGUACAACGGCCGGUAUGGUGGGCGGCAUUUCAAGGGUGUCGGGCCAGUACCAACAGUCGCCCACCGCUUCAUUCGGUAUGCCUAGCAACCCUCCUGCCCUACUACCCCAGGGCAUGGGCCCGAUGGCCCAAGGUCAGCUGUCUCCCGAACACAGUGCGCAUUCGGCAGGUCCAAUACCUACUCCAUCACAGCAGCAACAGCAGCAGCAAUACAUGGGGCAGCAAGCCACACAGCACUGGCCGCCAUAUCCCGGUGUGAAUCGCUGGGAAACAGGUGUCCGGCAUGCGCAGACGCCCCACCAGCAGCCAUCGCAGUACCUUCAUUUGCACGUCGGAGAUAGGUCGCAUGUCGCCGGUCCUCCGUCAAAGUCGGGCUCCUUCUGGGAAACAUUUCAAAUCUGCCCGUUCCACGUUAGAACUCGUCCCACCAGACUGAAGCCAAAAGAUUCGCUGUUGACGGGGAAAAGAAAGUUUCGCUGCGAAACGUGCACCGGCAUAUUAGAGGAUUGGGCUCGUGAGCAUGGUUGCUACCCGACAAUGGAAGACCGCGGGCGCCUCCUGCUGAAAGUCGGCAUGACGUCCAAGCAGCUGAACAACUGGUUUUGCAACCAUCGGCGCGCCACCGUACGCUACUCCACUGCAGAUGACACGGCAACCACUCACUAGCUUCUUCUUGUGCUUCAGAGCUCAAGCCGGAAUAGCGCAGAAUUUGUGUUGCCAAUCGGUUCGAGAAAUAGAUAAAAGGUGCAGCCUGGAAGGCGGCGGCGGUGGUGGUAGUGGUGGUGGUGGUGGGCUCUGAAUCAUCGCAGAAGUAACAUGGCUACAGCGUUGAGUUCAUCCCUUGGUGUUGUCAUGGCAACCUCCAUCAAUUUUCAAAUGAGAUGUCAUUUAGGUAAAUUGCAGUGCUGCUCAAUGAAAUCCAAUCACAAAGACCAAGUCGCCGCACAGCGCCUGUUCACAUUCCAGUGUCCGCAGGUCUAGGGCUGCACAGCGUCCGUCAUGGCAUUCACGUGCUGGAUUGGAUUUCAUUGAGCCUCGGUACUGUAGUCGAACUUUUACUCCGUAACUUGGAUGGAUGCUACAUUGUAGCGCCAUCAGGGUCACAACUUGACAAUAUACUUUGAAGUAAUUAUUUGUAGUUCUCACGGCUUUGAGUGCAUUCUGUUUAGUAAUGGCUUUGAGUGCAUUCUAUUUUAGUAACGGCUUCGUUCCGCCACAAUCACAGCCGAGCAAUGCUUGCUAUGUGCUUCUUGCCUAUGCGACUAGUGUAUCUGCUGCAGUUGGUUCCUGCACGUCCAUGCACCAUCAUUGGCACUGAGACAGCUGCUUUCUUACUAUGGAAAAGAAUCUUCAAAUAAUUAACUGUUAUCCUU